ACUCUCUCUUCUUCCGGGCCGCUAGUGUGGCGUGUAGAGAGAAGCUCCUGUGGAUCCUUUCAUUUCUCUGGGUUCUUUUUUAACAGUGUGAAGACAACCGGCUGUUUAGAAAACUAAUCCAGCAGGAUGGCAUUAAACCUGAGGAUUAACACCAACAACCCGCCUCUAGGAGCGCUUUUGGCUGCCGAGCAUGUGAAGAGCACUGUUCAGGUGUCAGUGGAGGAGGGAAAAGACAACAGCCUUCACAUCUCAGAUUCCAUCCAGUUCAGCGAUGCUAACUCCAUCAGCCGCUACCUGGCCCGGGUGGCUCCCGCUUUCGGCCUCUACGGCGCCAAUAUGAUGGAGCAGACUGAGGUGGACCACUGGUUGGAGUUCAGCGCUCGCCGUCUGUGCGAUCAACCCGAUCUGACGUUGGCCCUGGCAGACUUGGACAAGGCCCUCUCUCUGCGGACCUUCCUGGUUGGACAUGCCCUCACCCUGGCUGAUUUGUCUGUGUGGGCUGCCCUGAAAACUCAUAGUGAUUGGACAAGCCAGAGUAAAUCUUUCCCUCACGUCAGCCGCUGGUUCUUCUUCCUGAACUCCCAGGUUCCCUUCUCAGCUGUGGGAAACAAGUAUGCUAGCAAGAAAUCUGAAAAGAACAAUACCACUUCGGGGGAGAAGAAGCAGGAUGUUGGGAAGUUUGUGGAUUUGCCUGGAGCUGAGAUAGGCAAGGUGGUAGUUCGAUUCCCUCCUGAGGCCAGCGGAUACCUGCACAUCGGCCACGCCAAAGCUGCCCUGCUCAACCAGCAUUACCAGGUGACGUUUAAAGGGAAGCUCAUCAUGCGCUUUGACGACACCAACCCUGAGAAGGAGAAGGAGGACUUUGAGAAGGUCAUUCUGGAGGAUGUCGCCAUGCUACAGAUUCAGCCGGAUCAGUUCACAUACACCAGCGACCAUUUCCCCACCAUCAUGCGACUGGCAGAGAAGCUCCUGGCUGAGGGCAAAGCCUACAUCGACGACACCCCUCCUGAGCAGAUGAAGCAGGAGAGGGAGCAGCGCAUCGAGUCCAGAUGCAGGAACAACACUGUGGAGCAGAACAUGAAGAUGUGGGCCGAGAUGAAAGCGGGGACCGAGUACGGUCAGACCUGCUGCAUGAGAGCCAAGAUGGACAUGAGCUCCAACAAUGGCUGCAUGAGAGACCCCACCCUCUACCGCUGCAAGAACGCCCCCCACCCUCGCACUGGAGCCGCCUACAAAGUCUACCCAACGUACGACUUUGCCUGCCCCAUCGUGGACAGCUUGGAGGGGGUAACUCAUGCUCUCAGGACCACAGAGUACCAUGAUCGGGACGAGCAGUUUUACUGGAUAAUCGAAGCUCUUGGCAUCAGAAAACCUUAUAUCUGGGAGUACGCCAGACUCAACCUUAACAACACAGUGCUGUCAAAACGGAAACUCACCUGGUUUGUCAAUGAGGGAUAUGUGGAUGGAUGGGACGAUCCUCGCUUCCCUACAGUGAGAGGAGUGUUGAGGAGAGGAAUGACCGUGGAGGGCUUGAAACAGUUCAUAGCGGCCCAGGGCGGGUCGAGGUCAGUGGUGAACAUGGAGUGGGACAAGAUCUGGUCCUUCAAUAAGAAGCUGCCUGUUAGCUGUCUGAAGGUCAUUGAUCCCAUAGCUCCCAGAUAUACGGCUCUGUCCAGCUCCUAUGUGGUUCCGGUUUCAGUCCUGGAGGCAACAGAGGAGAUGAAGGAGGUGGCGAAGCACCCAAAGAACGCAGAGGUGGGGAUGAAGGAGGUUUGGUACGGACCUCGAGUUCUGGUCGAAGGAGCCGACGCAGAGACUUUUACCGAAGGAGAGAUGGUCACUUUCAUCAACUGGGGCAACCUUAUCAUCUCUAAAAUCAACAAAGGGGCUGACGGUAAGGUGGUGUCCAUGGAGGCUCGCCUGAACCUGGACAACAAGGACUACAAGAAGACAACCAAGAUCACGUGGCUGGCUGAUACCAACAGCGCCCCCCUGCUGCCCACCAUCUGCACCAAUUACCAGCCCCUCAUCACUAAAGCUGUCAUCACUAAAGAUGAUGAUUUCAAAGAUUACAUCAAUAAAAACAGCAAGCUGGAGGAGAAGAUGCUCGGCGAUCCAUGUCUGAAGAGCCUGAAGAAAGGAGACAUCAUCCAGCUUCAGAGGCGGGGCUUCUACAUCUGUGACCAGCCCUAUGAGCCAGUCAGUCCCAACAGCUGCAAAGAAAGCCCGGUUGUCCUCAUCUACAUUCCUGAUGGGCACACCAAGGAGAUGCCGACUGCUGGUUCAAAGGACAAAAGCAAGAGCCAAGCCUCCAGCAACACAGUGGCUAAGGCAACCAAGGCUCCUUCGACCUCUGCUUCUGCUCCUGCAUCAACCCCCGCCUCAGCAGCUGACCUCUUCUCCAGUAUUGUAGCACAAGGUGAAGCUGUUCGUAACCUUAAGGCGGCUAAGGCCCCCAAGGAGGAAGUGGAUAAGGCCGUUCAGCAGCUCCUCUCUCUGAAGGCCCAGUUUAAACAGCAGACAGGUGUAGACUACAAACCAGGCAUGAGUCCACCCACCUCUGCACCAGAUACAGCAUCUACCUCCACGGCUCCGGCAUCAGAGCCAUCCUCUUGUCCGUACACCCGUGUUGCCCAGCAGGGGGAGCUGGUGAGGCAACUGAAAGCAGAGAAGGCACCGAAGGACCAGAUUGACGCUGCGGUGAAGCAGCUCCUCGCUCUCAAGGCUGAGUUUAAAAAGCUCACUGGUCAGGAUUACAAACCGGGGAUGGGAACACCCACUUCCUCUGCUGCGACCACUGGGACCUCUUCUUCCUCUUCUUCCUCUUCCUCCUCUUCUUCCACUGGGCUGUAUGAGCGUGUCGCACUUCAGGGUGAAGUUGUCAGGAAACUGAAGUCUGAAAAAGCCCCCAAGGACAAGAUUGAUGCAGCUGUUAAACAGCUGCUCACUCUGAAAGAAGAGUACAAACAGGCCACAGGGCAGGACUACAAGCCGGGAGCAGCCCCCGCUCAGAAGACCACCGCCCCAACCCAGAGUAGCACCAACCCGGCUGCCCCUGCUGCCUCCGGCCUGUAUGAGAAGGUAGCAGAGCAGGGAGAGAUGGUCAGGAAGCUGAAGGCUGAAAAGGCCCCUAAAGACCAGAUUGACGGGGCUGUGAAACAGCUCCUGGCUCUGAAGGCAGAGUACAAGCAGCAGACUGGACAGGACUACAAGCCAGGCUCAGCUAACCCAGCUCAGACUAAAGCCAGCAAUGCCUCCGCCCAACCCAGCAAUUCACCGCAAGCUCAGGAGCUCCACUCACAGGUGGCCCAGCAGGGAGAGUUGGUUAGGAAACUGAAGACAGAGAAGGCCGCUAAGGAACAGGUGGAUGAAGCUGUAAAGACUCUGCUGGACCUGAAGAACAAGUACAAGUCCCUGACUGGAGAGGACUACAAACCAGCUGCUGCUGCUGGAGCCUCUGGGGGGGAAGACAAGAACCGUAAGGAGAGGGAGAACAAGUCCGAGAAACAGGGAGGAGGAGGAGGAGGAGGGAAGAAAGGGAAAGGAGACAAGGGAGGUAAAGGAAAGGAGUCAUCAGGAGGUCAAGGAAAGGAGUCAUCAGCUGGAGCAGGAGGUGCAGGAGAGGGACAAGGCCCUAAGAAACAGACACGGUUGGGUUUGGAGGCAAAGAAAGAGGAGAAUCUUGCUGACUGGUACUCUCAGGUCAUCACGAAAGCAGAGAUGAUUGAGUAUUAUGACGUGAGCGGCUGCUAUGUGCUGCGGCCCUGGUCCUACUCCAUAUGGGAGGCAAUUAAAGACUUCUUUGACAGGGAGAUAAAAAAACUGGGUGUGGAGAACUGCUACUUCCCUAUGUUUGUUUCACAAGCUGCCUUGGAGAAGGAAAAGUCUCACAUUGAAGAUUUUGCUCCUGAGGUUGCCUGGGUAACUCGUUCAGGAAAGACUGAGCUGGCUGAGCCCAUCGCUGUCCGACCCACCAGUGAAACAGUGAUGUAUCCGGCUUACGCUAAAUGGGUCCAGUCUCACCGAGAUCUGCCCAUCAAACUCAACCAGUGGUGCAACGUCGUGAGAUGGGAAUUUAAACACCCCCAGCCUUUCCUGAGGACCAGAGAGUUCCUCUGGCAGGAGGGACACACGGCGUUUGCCACGAAGGAGGAGGCAGCGGAGGAGGUGCUGCAGAUCCUGGAUUUGUACGCCAGGGUGUAUGAAGAGCUGAUGGCUAUCCCCGUGGUGAAGGGGAGGAAGACUGAGAAGGAGAAGUUCGCUGGAGGAGAUUACACAACCACAGUGGAGGCCUUUAUCUCUGCCAGCGGCCGAGCCAUUCAGGGUGCUACAUCUCACCAUCUGGGUCAAAAUUUCUCCAAGAUGUUUGAGAUUGUGUUUGAGGACCCCAAGAAGCCGGGUGAAAAGCAGCUGGCCUUCCAGAACUCCUGGGGCAUCACAACCAGGACCAUCGGUGUGCUCACUAUGGUUCACGGAGACAACAUGGGACUCGUACUUCCACCCAGGGUGGCCUGCCUACAGGUUGUCAUCAUUCCCUGCGGGAUCACUGCUUCGCUGUCGGAGCAGGAUAAGGAGGCCCUUUUGGCUCAGUGCUCCAAAUACCUGAGGAGGCUGCUGGAGGCUGGCGUCAGAGUGAAGACUGACCUUCGAGACAACUACUCUCCAGGAUGGAAGUUUAACCACUGGGAGCUAAAGGGAGUUCCCAUCCGUCUGGAAGUGGGUCCCAAAGACAUGCAGCAGAAGCAAUGCGUGGCGGUCAGGAGAGACACAGGGGCAAAGGUGACAAUUCCAGAGGCAGAGGUGGAGAAAAAGCUGCUUAGCAUGUUGGAGGACAUCCAGAACAACCUGUAUAAGAAAGCUUCGAACGACCUGAAAACUCACAUGGUGGCUGUAGACACAAUGGAAGAGUUCCAGAAAGAGCUGGACCAGGGCAAAAUUGUUCAGAUUCCUUUCUGUGGAGGAAUUGAAUGCGAGGAUUGGAUCAAGAAGACCACUGCCAAGGACCAGGACCUGGAGCCUGGAGCUUCAUCCAUGGGAGCUAAAAGCCUGUGCAUCCCUUUCUCCCCUAUCAAGACCCUUCAACCGGGACAGAUGUGCGUCAGCGGCAAGGAGGCUGCACAGUAUUACACUCUGUUUGGACGCAGCUACUAAACACCUUCCCAGUAAAAAUUGUGUCCUUGAACAAAAAUGGCUGCCCUGCAUUCUCUGACAUGUUUAGCCUUGGGGCGGGGGGAGGUCACUUGUAUGGUUUAAACUUAAAAUCUGUUUUAUUUGUUUUCUACGUUGUAACGAUUUAAGGGAAGUUGGGUACCUAGAAGAUGUUAAUUUGCAAUAGGCAUAAAAGUUUUACUGUAUCCAAUGAGCCCUGUGCUGGAAUCCAUUAGUGAGUGUCAAAGUUUUGGUUAUAACUUCUGACUGUAAGGGGUUUGGGGGUUUUUGAAAUCUGGAAAACGCUAAAAA